CGUAGAUGCUGUUACAAACGACUUUGGUCGGAUAAAUGUCACAAAUAUUUCACAGGUGAAAACCGCGUCAUUUUACUUAGUCAAGUAUUCAAACAGAUGUGAAUUAAAGGUUAAACAAUGCCAGCUGCAACAAAUGACAGUCAAGAGACUGCACUUGAUUGUCUCCAUGACUUACGAUCACAGCUUGAUGACAUUGGUGAUAGAACAGGUGCUCGUGAUGCUGACCUCGACUUUCUGAAAAGCUUUUUAACAGAUCCUGUUGUACAAAAAAUUGCACAGGCUGAUGAUGAGUUGAAGCUUCCCAUGUCCAAUCCUCCCAGUGAUGUCAGAGGAGAGAAGUUAUUAGCAGAUGUUAACAAUGUCAUACAGAAAGUUGUAGGAACAGCCAAUGGAAGAGACUUGGAUGAGAUAUUAUCAGAUCCACAUAUUGGGGCUUUGAUGAAAGCAUAUGAUGAUGUAGCAGACAAAAACUAUGAAGAAGAAUUAUACGAAACUAACAAGCUAGCUCAGCCUCCUCCACCAGUCUUCAGUGCUGUAGCAGACCAUGUUAGACUUGUCAGUAUCAAGAAGGAUAAAACAACAUCUUUGGGUAUUACAGUGAAAAUAGAUGAGAAUUUUAAUUUGAGAAUUGCCCGAGUUUUAGCUGGUAGUGUCAUUGAUAAACAAGGUAUGUUACAUGUUAAUGACAUCAUAAAAGAAGUGAAUGGAAUACCUGUAGCCACUCCAGAACAGCUGAUGGAUAUUAUCAGAGUGGCAGAGAGUGAAAUCACAUUUAAAAUUGUUCCAACAAUGCAGGAUAUUAAUUUUAAGACACAGAUGUUUAUGAAGGCCCACUUUAACUAUGACCCUCUGAAGGACAGAUUGAUACCCAGUAAAGAUGCAGGUCUGACUUUCAGUGAUGGAGACAUUCUACAUAUCCUCACUUCUGAGGACCCUAACUGGUGGCAGGCCAGGCGGGUAGUAAAGGAUGGAGAAGGGCCUACAGGACUGAUCCCAUCACAGCAAUUAGAGGAAAAAAGAAAGGCAUUCGUACAACCAGACUAUGAUUAUUCUAAAAGCAGUUUAUUGUGUGGUCUUAAAAGGAGAAAGAAGAAGAAAAUCAAUUACACAAGCAGUAAACAUAAAGAGUUUGAUAAAUGUGAAAUUACCAUAUAUGAAGAGGUGACUAAAAUGCCUCCAUUCCAGAGAAAGACCUUAGUCUUGGUUGGGGCAAGUGGAGUGGGGAGGAGAGCACUGAAACAAAAAUUACUGAAAGAUGAUCCAAGGAGAUUUGGAGCUGUUAUGCCACAUACAUCAAGAGCCCCAAGAGAAGGAGAAGUCCAUGGUAAAGGAUACUAUUUUACAGAUAGAGAAGGCAUGGAUGAAGAAAUAAGAGAAGGAAAAUACAUUGAGUGGGGAGAGUUUAAUGGUAAUCUGUAUGGAACUAAACUGGAGUCCAUUCAUAAUGUUACCAUGGAUGGAAAAAUGUGUGUUCUAGAUGUUAGUCCCACUUCAUUAAAAGUUUUGAAGACAGCAGAGUAUAUGCCCUUUGUUGUAUUUAUUGCUGCACCUGGUAUUGAGGCAUUAAAAAGAAUGUAUGAGGAGGGAAGGCGGAGAGGUCUGGUGGGCCGUAAAGGGGCAAGUGGUCAUGGCACUAUUGAAGUUAAAACUGAACAUGAUUUUUACGAGUCGAUUCAGGAAAGUCAGAACAUAGAGAGAGUAUACAAGGGAAUGUUUGAUUUUACACUUGUCAAUGAUGACUUCGAUGAAACGUAUAGAACUUUGAGACGUGAAUUAGACAAUUUAAGUUCUGAGCAGCAGUGGGUGCCCAUUAACUGGGUCUAUUAACCUGUAAAUUUGUACAUUCUUUAUAUCAGCUGCGUUGGAUAGAAAUCGGCCUUAUGCAAGUCCACAUUUACAUAUACAUGUAUACAAUUUUGAUUAGUUUUAGGAAAAUUCAACAUGUACAAGUACAAAAUAAAAGUUGAAUGUUGGUCUGUGUUAUAUGGUUCUUAUAACAACUCAAUUUUCAAACAAUUCCAGACAUUUGAUUGAGAUUUAAUUUUAAGCCGAAAAAGGAAAAUAUUUAUAUUCCCUUGCAUAAGGUGGAUUUCUAUCUGACUGAGCCCAUAUCAUAUCAUAUCAAGGGGGAGGUUGUGCAUCAAUAGAGUGCUUAAUGAUAUUGGCAGGUAGUUUGGAUUAGAGGAAAAUUUAAGAUAUUACAAGCUUUGUAAAUGCAAAGGUAUGGUGAAUCUUGUAUACAGUACUGAAUGUGUUGGGAGAAAAGAAGUUCUUUGAAUUUUUUGCCUAUUUUUCUUAUUUUCAUGAUUUAUAUAGGGAAAGGCCUAUUGUCAAGUAGUUUGGUUUAGAGGAAAUUUUAAGAUAUUACAAGCUUUGUAAAUGCAAAGGUAUGGUGAAUUCUGUAUAUUGUACUGAAUGUGUUGGAAGAAAAGAAGUUCUCUUUGAAUUUUUUGCUGGUUUUUCAUAUUUUCAUGAUUUAUUUAUAUAGGAAAAGGCCUAUUGUCAGGUAGUUUGAAUUGGAGGAAAUUUUAAGAUAUUACAAGCUUUGUAAAUGCAAAGGUAUGGUGAAUCUUGUAAAUUGUACUGAAUGUGUUGGAAGAAAAAAAGUUCUUUUUGAAUUUUUUGCUGGUUUUUUAUAUUUUCAUGAUUUAUUUAUAAAGGGAAAGGCCUAUUGUCAGGUAGUUUGGGUUAGAGGAAAUUUAAGAUAUUAAAUUCUUUGUAAAUGCAAAAGUUAUGUACUGAAUUCUGUAAAUUAUACUGAAUCUGUUGGAAGGAAAGAAGCUCUCUUUGAAUUUUUUGCUCAGUUUUCAUAUUUUCAUGAUGUAUUUAUACAUUUAAUACAACUUUGCAACAUUUUUUUUCACAAAAUUUUCUACUCAGGUGAGGGGAAAUAAAUUGCUUACAAGUGAAAAUUUAGUUUGACAACAGUAUUUAAAAGACUACAUCAAGGCUGUGAUUUAGAAUUUAAAGUAAAAACUUGCAAAAAUGAAAAUAAGAAAUAUUUGCAAAUGUAUUGGUCAAUUCAAUAUACACCACAAAACAAUGAAUACAUCGGCAAAUAUUCAAAUUCUAUAUAACGUAUUGUCAUUAAUCAAAACCAAUAACGUUUGUAAAACAUUACCAUUUUUAUGUUUUUUGUGUAUGAUAAUGUCUUUUAACCAUGUAAUUUGGCCUUUAUCAUAAAUACAGUACUGGUAUGCAUAAAUAUCACAUUUAGAUGUUGUAAUUAAGUGUUACACAUGCUAUAUAUAGAUUUACUUGAUAGUGGAAAGAUUUGUGAUUAUUCAGCUAUGACUGCAUCAAAUUGAUUUUUCAUAAUUUUGAUUUCAAAAGUUAUUCAGGGUUACGAUUUCUGGACUUCUUUAAUCUUUUUUCAAAUACAAGUAAUUUGAUGUGUAUUAAUUGUAAUCUUUAGGCAGCACAUAUAUAUGUAUUAAGUGUCUUACUUAUCAGUGUUUAUCUAUGUAUACAGGAUGAAAAGAGAUCCUCUGUUUCUUUGUUAUUAUUUUUCUAAAUGAGAAAAAUGUUCUUUGCUGUUUAUUACAUAGUGUAAAGUUAUUUGAUAUAAUUUUCACAUUAUACGAGAUGUCUGGCAAUGCCUAUUUUGCAUGCAGAUUUUUUUUUAGCAUUUAUAGUUAACCUCAAGAUGAAUUAUGCAGAAAGCAGUUUUAUACUGGCACCAUUUCUAUUAUAAAUUUACACAAGACUUAUACUGUUUUUGGGUUUUUUUUCUCACUUUUCAAGGUUGUAGGGUGACCUAAAAUUAAUUAUAUCAACUUACAUGCAUGAAGAGGAACUUUUAUAUAUCUCUUUGCAUUUUUAUGUCUAUAAUGUCAACCAAGGCAGUGUGCACUUUUAACAUUAUUUAACCUCAAAACCUCAUGAUUACUUCUGCACGGUCAUUUUAGACACAAAACUUACAGGAAUUAUUAUAUUUCUCUAUUUUGCUUGAUUGAUCAUAUUUUAUAAUAGCAACAUAAUAAAGGCAUAAUAUAAGGACAAUCUUUUAUAUCAAGGACAUUUUAUUUAUAAAAAAAGAUAAUUCUUUUGAUAAAAAAGUUAAUUCUAUUUAUAGAACAUUAUUUGGAUUGAUUAAUUGUAUGAAGAGAUUAAUAAGUGGAUAAACUAUAUGAAGUUAACAGUAUAUUUGGUAAAAUAGAUAAUUUGAUAUUUUUCUUAUUUCUAACUUUAUUGCACAACAAGAGAAGUUCCUUUGUCUAGUAAGAGGUCAACACACAUUGAGUCAAUUACAUCCAUUAAGAUUUGUUUCAUUAUAUAUGCAUCUGUAUUUUAUCUAAUUUGAAUAAAUAAACCAUUUUAUGUAAAUUAUGCAGAUAUUCAUCACCAAAUGUCAUGUGAUAAUGGGUUGUUACUACUUUGUACAUUUUAUGUUUUAUAAUAGGUUGUAGAAAAAAACAUUUUAAGGCACACCUUUUGGCUAUUAGUCUGUCUUUGAUUGGUUGUUAUGAUAGGUUGUAGAAAAAACAUCUCAAGACACGCCUUUUGGCUAUUAGUCUGCCUUUGAUUGGUUGCCAUACAUAUUUUUCGUAAAAUUUCGAUGACACAAGAGUUAAGGUUCGACUACAAAGUGAUUUCUUAUAAUGACAAUAGGUCAAGUGUUAAGGUAUCCAAAAAUAAAGAUAAGAACUAUUAUUUAUGUACCCUAAGUAAAAGAUUAGUGUCAAGUCUGAUAUUUGUAACAUAUCAUAGGUCACGGGUUGUACAUAAGAUUUUGUAUAUUGAGAAAAUUACAUUCUUUUCCAAAUAAUUUCCUUUUUAAUAACUGGAAUUUAUCAGCUAUAUACCUAUAGUGCGUGAUUUUAACAUUUUUUCAUAUACAUGUAUAUUUUUUUCAGAAAUUUUAGUAUACUUUUUUUUUAUAUUUAAAAUUUUGUCUUCUAUGUAUAUUAUACUUUGUGCUCUCCAUUUCUGGCUGUGAAAGUACAACAAUACACUUAGAACAAAUAUGAGUAAUAUAUUAUUUUUUUAUGAGAGCAGUUCAAGAAACACUACUAAGUUUAUAUAUUUUUUUUUAUUUUUUGAGAACUUUAAUAUUUGUGAAAAUUAUGAAUACAUAGCGCAAUAUAUAUAAAAAAAAUUACACACAUAUUGUAAAACACUUACAUUAUAAUUUGAUUUAGACUAUGAGUGUCUGGAAGGGGUUUACAAAAUAGAAAAUAUUGGACUAAAAUAACAAAGAAUAGAUAAUAAUGCAUUAAUGGAGUUUUAGAUAAAAAGAAGAGAUUAAUAGUCCUAAUAGAUGAAGAAUAGAGAAAAAUGGCCCAACAAUUAAAGAAUAAAAAAUGAAGCCCUCCCCAAUUCCAGACUUUCAAUUAUUAAAAUUCAAUAAAGUAGUACUAAUCCCUCCAUAGAUUGUCUUGUGUGAUAUAUAUUUUCUCGUAUGCAAAUUAAGCUUUCAGAGAUGUAAAAUAGAUGUAAAAUAUUCAAAUUAUAUUUUUUGAUUAUGCAAACCUAUUACAAUAAAACAAUGAUGGUAAACAUG